CCCUCACGUCACGUCCCAAAACAGCUGCAGCCCUGCUUCAGUUGAGGCAACGGUUGCUGUUUCUGUUUGGAGCGCCGACAUACUGUUCCCCUGAAUCACGUUUCCGAUUUUAUUCCUCUGGCUUCUCGGGCCGCUAUUUAUGACUCGCGUGGCCGUAGCUGACGGCUGAAUAUAAGGAGGCAAAACGGUGGGAUUCCUCAAACAAAGCUAGCGUUUAGCUAGCACUCCCCGACGGGCAAGCUACUCCGAGAGAGUUGCCGUUGCAGUCAUGGCGUGGAUGGGACACGGAGCUCCGUUUCAUGCAAACGAUAAGCAGAAUAGCGACUCGCCUUCGCUGCAGAGGAGCUUCGCUGGUGUCCAUCCCGACCAACAGACGCCAUCUCCCCAUCUCUGUGACUGCCCCAUGGCGUCACUCUGCCAGAGCCAGCAGGGCUGUGUGAAGGCCUCCAUCGUCUCCAGUUGGAGGCUGGCCGAGGCGCAGGACCAGCUGUGCUCUUUGGGGGUCCACAGCUCUGAGUCGCUGGAACAGGAACGUGCCCGGAGCCUCGCCUGCCCGACAGAACUCACGAACACAGAGGAGGAGUGGCGACGCAAGGAGAGCAUGCUGGGAGGUCCGGAACCAAGGCGCAGUCCCGUGCUCGGUGCCACUGGAAGUUGGGACGUUUUUGAUAAGAGUAUCAUUAAUUUCUCAAAUCAGCCUGUGGAAAUGGAUCAGGAGAACUGCAAAACGUUUCUCCAGAAGUACGAACAAGAGCUCAGGCAUUUUGGUAUGUUACGGCGAUGGGACGACAGUCAGCGAUUCCUCUCACACAUGCCACAGCUCAUCUGUGAGGAAACGGCGAAUUUCUUAGUCCUGUGGUGCAUUCGAUUACAGCAAGAAGGGAAAGAAGCACUGAUGGAGCAGGUGGCGCACCAAGCGGUAGUUAUGCAGUUUAUCUUAGAAAUGGCCUCAACUUCUCAACAGGAUCCCCGAGGCUGCUUCAGGCAGUUCUUCCACAAAGCCAAAGAGGGACAGGACGUCUACCUUGAAGUCUUCCGUGCAGAACUUGAGGCCUUCAAACAGAGAGUUACAGAAUAUGCUGCUAAAUGUAGAAAUGAUGCUUUGAACGUUGACCAGCAGAACGACGGCACAAACUACAGACCCAACGCCAAAGGAACGACAGACUUUAUAUCACAGGAGGAUGCUGAAUACAAGAUGAAGCACUGUUUAGAGGCUGGACUGUGGACAAGCACGGGGAAAUGGACAAAGGAGGACACUACAGAAAGCGAAGACAUCCGGAUGAUGGAGAUCUCAUAAGGCAGCGUAGGAGCGACCUGAGUUUCUAAGCCUCCAUCCAGCCCACCGGGCCGAAGCGCCGCUGCACGGCAAGAAUAAACGGAGACAUGAUCAGCCUUUGUGUUGCAUCUUGCAGCAGAAACAAGAGGAAACGAUGUUUUGCUGAUGACACGUGCUUUUGAGCAUUGCCUUUAGCAUUUAGCUCCUGCUGCAGUGUGUUCUGCCAGCUAGUAAAUGCUUAUGUUGUGCCGUAGUGUAACCUUUAUUCCUUUUUUUUUUUAAAGAUGGAGCUAAUCUUUUGCACAUUUUGUUCAGAAAACACAAAGGAUCCAAAAGAAGGCAAAAGGUAGGUACAGCAAAUGCAAUAUCCAAGUCAGGUACAAAGAAGAGUUGAAGUCUAAAAGGACUAUAUCUGAAAGAUUGGGAGCUUUGUGACGUGCUUUGGCUGAAAUGUGGCUGAUUGUUGAUAAUGUGGAGGGAAAAUGUUUUAUAAUAAGGUUCAUCAUUGGCCCAUUUGUGGACAAAUCUGUAAGUCUUGGGAGUUUCCCCAUCAACCUGUACCGUACUGGUAUACACACCAUCAUAUAAACUACAAAUCAUGCACAGUAUAGGCCUUCUCUAAACAAUCCGACGUUUUCGCCUUAAGAUCAUCUAAAAGGAGCAGCUAAAGGGAAUAUGUUGAACGGAGCAGUUUUUUUUUUUUUUUUUGUUGUAAUGACCAUGAGGAAAAAAAUAAACGAAUAAUGUGGUUGCAGUU